GGUAAAGUCUGGAAAGCGCGAACCUGGGGCGCCUGCGCACGCCUUCCACGCUGCGCCCCCGGCCGAGAGACCCCAGUAGGACGCCUGAUCGAGCCAAGGGCAGAGGCACCCUCCUCAUCCAGGAACCCCGUGAACUCGGCCCUGGGAGAACGUGCUCCCGACCCAUGCAGGAGGCUUGCACGAAGUAGGAGACUUGGCCAAUUUUGCUGAUGAAGGUAGAAGGAAGCCUGGGAGGUAAGUCGAAGUGGAAGUCAAAGGUGUGGCUGCUUGCAGUUAGCCAAUUAUCUGAAAGCAAAACACACCGCCAUCAGAAGGUUCUGGACUCUUUUUUCUUCUUUUUUUCCUCUUCAUUUGUUGUUCUGGCAGGGAGGUUGUUCUGAGCUCGGCCCUCCUGUCCCCGAGUGAAGCUGAAUUGUGUGCUUUUAGGGACCUGCAUGGCCUGUAAAUACUAAGGCUCAGGCCUUAGCUGGGCUAGAGAGGGAUCUCCUGGGUGGGUGACGAGGCUGAAGUGGUGACUCUUGCUUUGUGCUUGAGAAACUGGAGGUCAGGUCCUCAGAAUUCAGACGCAUGUUUGCCCAGCAAAACAUUCUGAGUCCCUACUGUGAGUCAGAGGCUGUUUUAGGCUGCGUUUAUAGCAGUGAGCAAGGCAGACCGAACUCCCUGCUCUCAUGGAUCUUGGCUUUCAGUGCAUGGCACACAGUAGGUGCUUAAUAUUUGAUUCAGUGGCGACUGAGGACCAGGGAGAAACUUAGAUCACCCCCAUUUCUGUACCUCCUCAUUUUACUUUUUUUCUUGCAUUUCUCCAAAACCCUCUUUUUAUUGUGUCUUCCCACUGGAUGCCAAUUCCAGUGAAGCCAGCAACCAUCUGUUUUAGUCACUGCUGGAUCUCCAGCACCUGGCAUUGUGCACAGCAGGUGCUCAAUAAAUGUUUGUGAACUGAAUGAAUGAACUUUGAGCUGUCAUUGUGAAUAUCUGGGUUCUGGUCAGCUCCUUGGGUCUUGUUAUUUUUGUGUUGCAUGUAUCUGAUGGUCAUUGUUCUAUAUGGCUUCCCUCCUAGGCAGGAACCAGGCCUCAACCCACUUCAGGUAUCCCUGGAGAUUUGCUAAAAGAUGUGUUUACCUUCCAGACCCAGGUUCCUAUAUGGCUAGGGUUGGCUACUGGCCUCAUCCUUACCCUCCACCAGGAAUGUUUUUGUCUUGUGCACGUAGUCAGCCAUGUUGCUGCAGAUCACCUUUCUGCUAUAAUCGCAGGAUGCCCCGAUUUCUUCAUUCCAUUCCACGUAGCCUCUUCCCACAAGCUCCACCUUCACUAUGGGAUCCAUUAGGGUGCUGUUCAGGAUAAGAACCACCUGCCCUUUUAUGCUGGAGCCGGCCAGGUAGACUGCAUCCUUGGGCAGCAGUAAUUCAAUCGACUUCACCACAGACAUGAGGGGGUUGCGCUGAUGGAGAGACAUCCUCCCCCUUCCCCUAUCCCACUGCGAUUCCCAGUUCCUUGGCCACAGUGAGGUCACUCUUCUAUGACAUCAUCCAGCUAAGGUUCUGGGAAGGGGUUCCCCGUGGCCGGGGUGUUGUUUGGGGAUGGGUGGCAACAAUCCUGAGGUCCUCACUGGCUCAUGAAAUGGUGACCACUUUUUCCUGGGAAAUAACCAAAAACAACCACAACACCCCAGCAUUCUUGCUACAUAGUGGGAAAAGUCUUCCAGCCCCUGAGUGAAGAAGGCAUUAUAAGCCCCAUUUAUGGAUGGGGAGGCAUGGGGAAUGAACCCAAAGGUAUUUUCUGCCCUAUCAGAUGACCUCCAAAUGUGUUAUGUGCCUUCUUAGAGUCCCACAUUGGUUUGGGGCCAUACACAGAUAAUCAUUGUCAUUUGAAUGGCUCUGUAUUUAUUCCAGUCUGUGUUAGAAAAAUAUUGCAGAUAAGGCUAGGACAUGAAAUGUGGUUUGUGCUGAAGGUGCUCAGAGCAUCUUGUCCAUGUUGUACCCCUAAAUACAGACACCCUCUCCCUGCACAACUGACAUUUCUCUUUAUGUCGGAGUCUCCCCCAUUGGAUGGGAAGUCCCUCCAGGGUAGGACUUUGUCUCUGGAAGCUCGAGUCCAAGUCCAUCAAGGUCUUCUUGACUCAGGGCCUGGUUCAGACAAGGGGGAAAGGGGUGAUUAAAAGUUUGUUGAAUGACAUAAUGACCUUUGAGAGCCUAUCACUUUACAAAAGGGAAACAGAGCCCUUUGCAUCCUAGUGGUUAUGCCUGGGGCCUGAUUUGCACAGGGGCUGUUGCCUAAGUGGGAGGGACAAUGAAGCAGAGGAGAGAGGGAGUGUCCAUUCUCCAGACUGAUGAGCCUCAUUCAUUGUCUUUGUUGCCUCUUGCUUUAUUUUAUGUCAUGUCUUUCACAGAAACAUCUUGUCUACCUAACUGGUUUGUAAGCUGCUUUUGGAGAUGCCUGGCAAAGUCUUUUACUCGUAUUUCUUAAUUAACCCAAGCAACCCCCCUUUUUCGAAAUGACUAGAGAAGUGGAAACUUGCAUCCCUCUGUCUUUUCUGCAGGGAAAGCCAGACACCUCUUUCUGUGUUAGUUAUGAUAUGCAAGGAGCCUGGGUUGUGCUCUGUACCAAAUGUACGUGAAGAAUGUAUUCCCUCUUUUGACCAUGUUGAGUUUUUGCAACAGCAGGCACAAACAUGAUAUGCCCUCCCCAGGAAUAGGCCAGGUUCCCGCGGCAGGUGUUCUCAUUCUGGAAGAUCUCAUCUGUUUUACAAAUUCCGGCAGGUCUGCUUGAUAACUGCUCCUAUCUGUGACAUGGCCUCUACACACCUGAUAGCUGAGCCAUUGGACACACAGAUGGAGUCCUGAAGUUGGAGAAAAUUAACAGCCCCAUCUCUGUGUUGAAUUUGAACUGCACUCAUUUCCUUAUGGCUUCUGUAACAAAUGACCACAAAUUUGGUGGCUUAAAACUACACGCAUUCGAGUCUUUCUCAGUGUUUCAAAAAAAACCCAAAACUACACACAUUCAUUGUGUUACAGUUCUGGAAGUCAGCAGUCCACAAUGGGUCUUAAGGAGCUAAAAUCAAAGUGUCAGCAGGACUGCACUCUAGGGUUCUGGGAGAGAAUCCGGCCCUUGCCUUCUCCAGCUUCUAGAGGUUUCUUACAUUCCUUGCCUCUAGAUCUCAUCAUCCCAACCUUUGCUUUGUCACUUCUUCCCAGACUUGACUCUCCUGCUUCUCUCUUUUUCUUGUUAAGACUCUCAGGAUGACUCUGGACCAGCCUGGAUAAUCUAGGAUAAUCUCCCCCUUUGAAAAAUCUUUAAUUGAAUCCCAUCUGCAAAAUCCCUUUUGCUAUAUAAGGAACCAUAUUCACAGGCUCCAGGGAUUAAGGUAUGGGCUUCUUGGGGGGCCAUCAUUCUGUCUACCAUCUGAGCAAGUAAAAGCAGAAGAUAGAAGGGACUCAGGACAGUGCCAGAGACACCUUGUAAAAACGUAAAUUGGAGCCCAUCAAUCACUUUCCUGCUCACAGUCCUCUUGUGCUACUUGCCGCUCACCAGAGGUAGGACCCAAGUCCUCCUGGUGGCCUGUGAGGUCUUCUCGGACCCCCUCCCACCUCACCUCCUCCUGCCCCCCCUUUGCGGAGUCAGCCCAGCUACAACUGGCCCCUUGCUGCUGCUCCUCCUACGUGGUUCCGUCUUUUCCGGCCUCUGAGCUUGCUCGUCCCUCCUCGUCCCGUCUGUCCUUGGUUUCUCAUCUCACGUCCCAGCUCAAACUCAUCUGCUCGGUGAGGCCCACCUCUUCACCUCAGCCAGAAUAUCCUCUGACCCCAGCCCCCACAUGGCCGCUGGUCACCCGCAGCCUAUUGUCCUAUCUUCAUCGCAGGCAGCAGUAUCUGAAACGGCUUGCUUUAUUCAUACAUACAGUGCCCGUCUCUCCAGACGAGAAUUUACCCUUCCAGAGACCAAUAACGGGGUUGCCCUGGCCCACUGUUCGGUCCCCCAGCACUGAGCACCCUGUCCAGGCGCUCUGUGGGUGCCUAGCAUGGGUCACUGUGUGCCCGCCAAGACUGGCCAGAGCUGAGCAGGCAGGGUGGAGGGGGCAGGGCAGUCCUGCCCGCCUGGACAGCCCGGAGAAGGCGGGAAAACGAGGCGGGAAAACACAGCGAACAAGCCCUGUGGGUGGAUGGGGUGGGGAGCUCUGGCCGGCCCUGACGCUAGGAAGAGGGACUGGGGCGAUCAGGCCAGCCAUCUGGGUGCAGGCAGUCUCAUGUGGGACACCCCCCCCGCCCCACUUUCUCUUGCAGUGUUUAGGCACUGAUUAUGGCCUUCUUGGUCCUACUGGUUAAUAUGUGGCGGGGGAGCAGGGCUGCGGGAAUGGAUUUAUGAGGUCAAGGGGUCCCUAUCCCAGCGGUCCAUGCCCAGGGCUCCCGGGGGGGCAGGCACAGUGGGGGUCCUAGGUCCCGCCACCGGCCCCGUUGCACACUGGGCGCGCCCAGCAGAGCGCGCAGGCUGGGCGGGGCCGCGGCCUGCUGGGCGGAGUUGGGGGGGUGGACAUAGGCGGGGGUGCCCCCCACCCCUUUUCUCGCUUCCCGCCACUGCGGCGGCCAAUCAUCUGGCAGGCGCCCGCCCCCGGCGCGGCCCUCCGCAGCCCCGCAACUCCCAAACGCCGAGUUUUCGCGGGAAAAAAAUCAGAGCAGCUGGCAGCGCGGCGGGCAGAGGCGGCCGUCCAGGCGCUUUGGGUCUCACGCACAUCUCCGCGGGGUCCGGGCCACGCACGCGGCUCCAUCGCCAUCUCCAGCCCGGCCAGGAGCGCAAGCAGGCGAGAGUGGAUCGGGGCAGCUGGAGAGCACCAGCAGACACCAUGUGGGUCCAGGUUCGCACCAUGGACGGGAAGGUGGCCCACACCGUGGACUCGUUGUCCAGACUGACCAAGGUGGAAGAGCUGAGAAAGAAGAUCCAGGAGGUGUUCCACGUGGAGCCAGGCCUGCAGAGGCUUUUCUACAGGGGCAAGCAGAUGGAGGACGGCCACACUCUCUUUGACUAUGACGUGCGCCUGAAUGACACCAUCCAGCUCCUGGUCCGGCAAAACCUGGUGCUGCUGCCCAGCAGCAGCAAGGAGAAGGACUCGGAGCUGUCAGAUACAGAUUCCGGCUGCUGCCUGGGCCAGAGUGAAUCUGACAAGUCCUCGAACAGCGGUGAGGCGGCUGUGGAGACCGACGGGAAGGCGAGCUUAGCGGAUGAAGACGUGUGGGAUGAGACAGAGCUGGGUCUGUACAAGGUCAAUGAGUAUGUGGACGCUCGGGACACGAACAUGGGGGCGUGGUUUGAGGCUCGGGUGGUCCGGGUGACCAGGAAGGCACCAUCCCAGGACGAGCCCUGCAGCUCCACCUCCAGUGCAGCGCCCGAAGAAGACGUCAUUUACCACGUGAAAUAUGAUGACUACCCGGAGAACGGAGUGGUCCAGAUGAGCUCCCGGGACGUCCGGGCUCGUGCCCAAACCGUCCUCAAGUGGCAUGAGCUGGAGGUAGGCCAGGCGGUCAUGCUCAACUACAAUCCUGACAACCCCAAGGAGCGCGGCUUCUGGUACGACGCGGAGAUCCUGCGGAAGCGCGAGACCCGGACGGCGCGGGAGCUGUAUGCGAACGUCAGGCUCGGGGAUGAUUCUCUCGAUGAUUGUCGGAUCAUCUUCGUGGAUGAAGUGUUCAAGAUCGACCGCCCGGGCGAGGGGGACCCCGUGGUUGAAAACCCAGUGCGAAGGAAGAGCGGGCCCUCCUGCAAGCACUGCAAGGACGACGAGAGCAGGACCUGCCGGGUGUGCGCCUGCCACCUGUGCGGGGGCAAGCAGGACCCCGACAAGCAGCUCAUGUGCGAUGAGUGCGACAUGGCCUUCCACAUAUACUGCCUGCACCCGCCCCUCAGCAGCAUCCCCGCCGACAACGAGUGGUACUGCCCCGAGUGUCGGAACGACGCCAGUGAGGUGGUGCUGGCAGGGGAGAAGCUGAAGGAGAGCAAGAAGAAGGCAAAGAUGGCAUCGGCCACGUCGUCCUCGCAGCGAGACUGGGGCAAGGGCAUGGCGUGCGUGGGGCGCACCAAGGAGUGCACCAUCGUCCCAUCCAACCACUACGGACCCAUCCCGGGCAUCCCCGUGGGCACCAUGUGGAGGUUCAGAGUCCAGGUCAGCGAGGCAGGCGUCCAUCGACCUCACGUGGCGGGCAUCCAUGGCCGGAGCAGCGAUGGGGCUUACUCCCUGGUCCUCGCUGGGGGGUACGAGGAUGAUGUGGACCACGGGAAUUCUUUCACGUACACAGGUAGUGGUGGUCGAGAUCUUUCCGGCAACAAGAGGACUGCAGAACAGUCUUGUGAUCAGAAACUCACCAACACCAACAGGGCCCUGGCUCUGAACUGCAGUGCACCCAUCAACGACCGCAAAGGGGCAGAGGCGAAGGACUGGCGGUCAGGGAAGCCUGUGCGGGUGGUGCGCAACGUCAAGGGCCGCAAGCACAGCAAAUAUGCCCCCGUGGAGGGCAACCGGUAUGACGGCAUCUACAAGGUCGUCAGGUACUGGCCAGAGAAGGGCAAGUCUGGCUUCCUUGUGUGGCGCUAUCUACUCCGGAGGGACGACACUGAGCCUGGCCCCUGGACAAAGGAGGGGAAAGACCGGAUCAGAAAGCUGGGGCUGACCAUGCAGUACCCAGAAGGCUAUCUGGAGGCCCUGGCCAGGAAGGAGAAGGAGCACAGCAAGACGGAGGCCGAGGAGGAGGAGGAGGAGCAGGACUUCACGUCCCCCGGGAAGGGGAAGGGCAAGCGGAGGAGCCCGUCCGCAGAAGGCGGCAAGGCCAGCCCCGGGUCCCCACAGGGGACGCCCAAGAAACCCAAGGUGGAGCCCUACAGCCUCUCGGCCCAGCAAAGCAGCCUCAUCAAGGAGGACAGGAGCAACGCUAAGCUGUGGAGCGAGAUCCUGAAGUCCCUCAAGGAUGGCCCGUUCCAGAAGUUCCUGAGUAAAGUGGAGGAAACCUUCCAGUGCAUCUGCUGCCAGGAGCUGGUAUUCCGCCCGAUCACAACCGUGUGCCAACACAAUGUGUGCAAGGAUUGCCUGGACAGGUCGUUCAGGGCGCAGGUGUUCAGCUGCCCGGCCUGCCGCUAUGACUUGGGCCGGAGCUACUCCAGGCAGGUGAACCAGCCCCUGCAGGCCAUCCUCAACGAGCUCUUCCCCGGCUACGGCAGCGGACGAUGAUCUCCAAGCACUUCUUUUUGGCUAUUUUUAAAAAAAUGUAUCAGAGGGGUCUUUGGCCCCUAUUUUGUUUUUAGUGGGCUUAAAUUAAACAUGUAGUUUUUCCUCCAUUCCCUAAAAAGCCUCGUCUUCCUGGUUUUUGUUUUUGUUUUUUUUAAUGUCAAUUUUCAGGAAUUUGUGUUAUGGCUCAAAGAAAGAAAGAAAGUUAGACUUCUCAGCAUUUUAUUUGGUUUUUAAAAAAACACAAAGCCUGUGAUUUAUCAGCAGAAAACACACACGUUUUUUUUCCGAAGAUGGAAUGGGAAACGACUGGGUGUGAAGGCUGCUCAUGUCCCCAGCGUCAAAGCCACCAGCCAGGGAUGAGGCGUCCGGCUGCCGAGAACAAUCUUUCCGAGGUUUGCGGUGAAAGCGAGCACAUCUUCAGGACAGCAUUGUAUCACCUAAAACCCAGCAAGGCGGUGUCCGGCGGUGGCCCUGGACGUGGAGGGUCCCUGCUGUCACCCACCAGGAACCUGUUGAAAGGAAGAGGAAAAAUCCCAUUUGGCCCCUUAUAAGCCCUUGCCUCAAAGCCACCCACCACCAGUCUGCUCUCGGGUUCAAGAGCUGCACGCAGGGUCCUCUGCCUGUGUGAGCAGGGAGCAGAGGCCACAGAAACUACCUCCACUGGGCUCUCGUGGGGGCUGGGUGUGCGGUGCCAACGUGGAACCACACCACGGUAGUGGACAAAGCCAUGUUCAAGUGCCUUUGUUUCUUUCUAAACAUGGGGCUCUUUUUUAGCACUGAAUUGUUGAAAAUGCCAACCAGAUUCUAAAACUGUGGUUAACCAGUUCUUCCCAAUUCUAGGUGAGUGUUUGGGGAUAGUUUUGAGUUUCGUUGGUCCUCGACAGUGCAUUUUCAACUCACCCAUUGAGACUUAUAAGAGGGAAUUUUCUUUUUUUAAUAAACACUUUCUAAAUGAAAAAUUUUUUGUAGUUACUGUAUAUGUACUAAGAAAGCUAUGACUUAGGGUUUGUUUUGUUUUAUUUUGUUGGUUUUGUAUUUUUUUGAAAUGAUUUGUUAAUUUUUCUAACUACCAAAGUUUGCAGCUUAUACCUCAACAGAACAGGAUAUUUUAAAUUACAACUGCAGACAAACUGGAGCAAUAUUGUUUUUAAGGUUUUUCUUCUUCCCUCCUUGCCUAGGUUAUUAAUGUAUUAGGGAGAAACAACAAAAUUCUGUGUAGGUGUUUUCUAAAAAGCUCAAUAUUCUUUGUCCAGAUUUUAGAUGCUCAGAAUAAAUGUCUUUUAUA